AUGGCUUUUAUUCUACACUAUCUUCAGUUCAUUCUCGGUCGCUUGCUAUAUCCUAUUCGAAACCAUGAGUCGCGCCAGAUCAUCCACAGCCCGGCUUUCCAUGACCACCCGGAGCCCAAUAUGACCCUUGAUGCCGUGGGCUGCGGUCCAUCUGGCUCUGAUCUGCCCCGCCAAUACACCUGCCUGGCCGAGGAUGGCGUCGGGUGCCUGCCCGAGUUGUGCUGGGAUGCUCCCGAGUCCGAGGCGGCAGUGAAGGAGUAUGUGUUGAUCUGUGAAGACAUCGACCUGCCUAUUCCGUCCCUGGUCAUCCACCACGGCCUCUUUUGGGCCAUUCCCGCCUCAGUGACGACUGCGGUUCCUGCCGACAUCCAAGUGCAUGACGGUUCCCCCAAGUCACGUUUGACCAGGGCUGGCUGGCGCUACAUUCCGAAUCUUGUGGGCUCCUCAUACAUCGGUGCCGGUGCACCUUUGGGCCACGGAAAACAUCGUUACCUCUUCACGAUCAUCGCUCUCAAUGCGCCAUUGCAGUUCGACAGCCCCGAGAAGGCCUCCAAGCAAGACAUCAAGCAGGCCAUGAUCGGCAAAGUCAUUGGAUGGGGUCAGUGGAUCGGCCACUUUGAGCGUCCCUGGCCCAACUAG